AUGUCUUCCGUGAGUUAUCCUGCACUGCCUCCAUCUAUAAUCAUCGCUGAGAAAUCAUCAGGAUUCCCGGAUCCUUUCGCCGUGGCGACAAUCGGAGGAGAGCAGACAAAGACCACCUCCGUCAUUAGAAAGACGCUGAAUCCUUAUUGGAAUGAAGUGUUUGACAUGCGAGUUACGGAAGACAGCAUCUUAGCUAUACAGAUCUUUGACCAGAAGAAAUUCAAGAAGAAGGAUCAAGGCUUUCUAGGCGUCAUCAAUAUCCGUGUUGGCGAUGUCCUUGACCUAGACAUGGGCGGCGAUGAAAUGCUCACUCGGGAUCUCAAAAAGUCUACGGACAAUUUGGUGGUUCAUGGGAAACUGAUUGUCAACCUCUCCACCAACCUGACCGCGCCUCCACCCACUCAACAGAACAGGCCAGCACCCAGCACUGCUAACAGCGUCAAUGGUUCUAACCCGUAUACGAGCAGCACCAACGUGAAUCAGCAGCAACUUCCUAACCGUACCAGAAGUCCCGCUCCUUCCCGAACUGCGACCGCUGGCUCAAGUGAAGCAAGGGCCUCUUCUACUGCUCUCAAUGGUGGGUCUUCAGCACCACCAGCAGACGGCCCUUCUGGAAGACAAGGAGGUUUCAGUUCAUUUGAGGACAGCCAAGGACGUUUACCUGCUGGAUGGGAGCGUCGAGAGGAUAACCUGGGCCGGACGUAUUACGUUGAUCAUAACACGAGGACCACUACGUGGACCAGACCAUCCAACCACAUGAGUGAAUCAGAAUCAAGAAAUCGUGUCGAGGCCAACAUGCAGAUGGAACGACAACGGCAUCAAAAUCGUAUGCUACCGGAAGACCGUACCGGCGCCAAUUCACCCAACCCGCCAGAAUCACGAGGAGGUUCGCCUUCUCAGCAAAAUGCUGUCUCGAUGAUGGCUACCGGUGCUACCACUGCUGGAACUGGUGAACUCCCAGCUGGCUGGGAGCAAAGGCAUACUCCGGAAGGUCGAGCUUACUUUGUCGACCAUAAUACCCGGACGACCACCUGGGUUGAUCCUCGACGACAACAAUACAUCCGCAUGUAUGGCAAUAACCCAGCUGGUAACAAUACCACCAUCCAACAACAACCCGUUUCGCAACUUGGCCCUCUACCCAGUGGCUGGGAAAUGCGUCUCACGAACACAGCUCGUGUCUACUUCGUUGAUCACAACACGAAGACAACCACCUGGGAUGAUCCCCGUCUCCCAUCUUCUCUCGAUCAGGGAGUACCACAGUACAAGCGUGAUUUCCGACGCAAACUGAUUUAUUUCCGAUCGCAACCAGCUCUGCGCAUUCUCUCCGGACAGUGCCAUAUCAAAGUUCGACGAGGGGCAAUUUUCGAAGACUCUUAUGCUGAGAUUAUGAGGCAAAGUGCUACAGAUCUCAAGAAGCGACUGAUGAUCAAAUUUGAUGGUGAAGACGGUCUUGAUUACGGUGGUCUAUCUCGUGAAUUCUUCUUCCUUCUUUCACACGAAAUGUUCAACCCAUUCUACUGCUUGUUUGAAUACUCGGCACAUGAUAAUUAUACCUUGCAAAUAAACCCUCACUCCGGAAUCAACCCUGAACAUCUCAACUACUUCAAAUUUAUUGGCCGAGUCGUCGGUCUUGCCAUUUUCCAUCGUCGCUUCCUCGAUUCAUUCUUCAUCGGUGCAUUCUACAAAAUGAUGCUACGAAAGAAAGUUGCCAUCAACGAUAUGGAAGGUGUCGAUGAAGAAUACCACAAGAACUUGACAUGGACUUUGGACAACGAUAUUACUGACAUCCUUGACCAAACUUUUGCCAUUGAAGACGAGCAGUUUGGUGAGACCAAGACCAUCGAUUUGAAGCCUGGUGGGAGAGACAUCCCUGUUACGAACGAGAACAAGAGAGAAUAUGUUGAGCUUGUCACAGAAUGGAAGAUCCAGAAGCGAGUCGAAGAGCAGUUCAACGCUUUCAUCACUGGUUUCAAUGAGUUGAUUCCAGCUGAUCUCGUGAAUGUUUUCGAUGAACGUGAACUCGAAUUGCUUAUUGGCGGUAUUGCUGAUAUCGAUGUUGAUGACUGGAAGAAACACACCGACUAUCGUGGCUAUCAAGAACAAGAUCAGGUUAUCCAAGACUUCUGGAAGGUUAUCCGUACAUGGGAUGCUGAACAAAAGAGUCGUCUUCUACAAUUUGCCACGGGAACUUCACGUAUCCCUGUCAACGGUUUCAAGGAUCUGCAAGGUAGUGAUGGGCCCAGGCGCUUCACUAUUGAGAAGGCUGGUGAGAUCAAUGCACUUCCGAAGAGUCAUACUUGCUUCAAUCGACUCGAUCUACCUCCAUAUAAGACAUAUGAGGUACUCAAUAGUAAGUUGUCGACCGCUGUUGAGGAAACAUUGGGUUUCGGCCAAGAAUAG